CAGGACGAACCCCCCCUCGCACAGUUGUUCCCCCGCGUGGCGAGCCCCAGCUCAUGCCCGUGACAGGUCCGCGGCCGCUUGGCUCAACCUGUGUGCCCCGUCGCGGGGACUGGGCCAGGCGCCGCGGCAGACAGGCUGGCCCCCUCGAGUUUGCUCAGGCUGCAAGCGCUUGCCGUGUUGUUGAUUUUGAUCCGUCCUCUCGUGGACCCCGGUGAAGGGACGGCAGCGCCUCCUGUGGAAGCACCUAUCAUUGACGUAUCUGUGGAGACGGCAGGAAGGGGUGCUGCGAAGACAAGUAAAGUUCUAUCGGACCCAGCUGGGGGGUCGACAGCACCUCUCGUGGACACACCUGAGGACCAGUGCAUCGAGCCACGACCAUAUAUACUCGGAUACUUUGAGUUCUUUGUUGAAGAUGUCUUGAAAUUGAAGGUCGCAGAGAAGAAGGCCAGGCGUGCGCAUUGCGUCGGCCCUGUCGUGGAUCUAGCACUUUGGUGUCUAGUCAUACAUGCAUCCGUGAUGUUGUUUAAUGGUAUUGGGCCUCCUGAUAGGAAAAAGGAGUCAUGCUAGCGGCAAGCUCGACCUGGCCUACCCCACAUUGUGGUUUGGGCUGGCUGGUGGCACUUGCCUGACCCUGAUGUGCCUCGAAGUGUACACCGCAAAGUACUCGAUCACAUGGUGCACCGACAAGGCGCGCAGUCAGUCCAAGGACGGCCGGAUAGGAAGGCCAUGUAUGCCCGUCCAGAUGAUCGAUUUGUUGUUGCGUACGAAUUGCUUCCCUAGGGCCAAUGAUAUAUGGUAUUUCAAUAGAUGGUUCAUUUGGUUAUUUGGGAUCGGCUUCGUUACUUUGUGCGGCCGUCUCCAGGCGAACGCACUUUUUCUAUUGCUUCGUGAGCAAAAGAAAAAAGGACGUGGUGGGCCAGGUCUGGAAGGAGACGCUUAGCCAAUCGUUUUUUUCAUACGUGAGUAUUUCCCGCUUUCGGCCAUUCUCAGUGUCAUGCUCCUCGCCCAGAUCCUCCACUACUCCUUCGGCGUGGUGAGCUACUGGCCGCGUCGCUGGUGGAAGACGGCCGACCACCGACGGUGGCAGGUGAACUCGACUUGUGCUCAUGGCAGCUGGAUGGAUGGAUUGGGGGAGGAGUUUUGAGUUGAAGGUCAAGGGAAUGGAGCCCCAUGAGGAAAUCGUCGCAGACAUCACCGAGUGGGAGACCUGGGGGCUUGGCUUCAAGGGCGGACUGUCUGAGGCGCGUGGGAGAGGUGGCAAGAUGUUCCUGACAGGCCCCAAAGGCAGACCUGUGUGCGGGAAUAUGGGCCACUACGAGCCCUCCGACGAAGACUUCCCACUUACCAUACAAUCUGUAUGUAACCGGCAUGGGUGCACCACGUUAGUUGGUGAAGAAGCAACCUCGUCCGCAGUAUUGGACGGAAUUGCAGAUUGUUGCAGCAUGAGUAUCAUGUCGGAAAUGCAGCGCCUGGAGCUGAAUGAGUGGAAGAAGGCGGACGAGUUACUGCGGAAGUACGAGGAACCUAUUACAACGGAAAUGACAGGUGCACUCAUCCGGGAAGUGCGAACGCUUCUUAACGAUGCAGUCAACGUCACGCGGUGUGCCUUUUCACGUGUACUGAUCUAUGGCGCUUGCUUUUGCGGUGUACAUAUCCAUUUCCAGGUCACCUAUAGCUUCGCACUGCGUUCGGGCAGUGAACAGUGCCCCGACGCCCGGGAUGCCCUCUGGCUCGGAAUCUGCUCUACCCUCGUGUCAAUGCUGAUGGUGUUUAUGAAAUUUAUCGGUAUCGCAAGGUACUUGAAGAAUGUAUGGCGCAUCGUCUGGCACUUUGACAAGGUGCUCAGCGCCGAGCAACCUGCGAAAACGCAGUACAAAUCAAUGCAUGUUCAGAUUGCCCAUAGCAGACGCAGGCUGUUACGCUGGUCUUCAGCCAUGUUGCCAGCGUGCUCCAUUUUUUGUAUGGAACUCACGUGGUGAAUUGCCAAGUGGAUCAUGGACAGCUUUGUUUGCACAGGCCACAUGUGGAACAUGCCGUGGACGGAUAUCAUGAACCCAGUGGGCGGCUGCGUCGAUCUUGGUGCCCCAACCAGGUAGAACUCCAAUACAACUCAACGGCGCAUGGUGUUCAGUCUUUCUGGGCCACACAACUUGGAGGUCGCAAGUGCCAAGCCACUAUGAGGCUGACGUGAGCCGAAUGUGGACAACCCGUGCAACAGACACCGUGUCCCAUUGCAGUACUGCGCCAAGGGCACCAACGGGGACGCCGAGUAAACGCAUUGUAGCGCAGACUUGCAUGUGGAUGACGAGGGCGUAAUCGCACAUGUUGGUCAUGUUGGCGCGCCCAUGUUUACAGGAGCGCAGCUCACGGUGCUGCCACAUGAAGCCUGUGCUGCAGCAUGCCAGUGCUAGUCUCACCUUGAUGUUUCACUAGUGAAUCUGCCGCCCGUGGGGCUCGCUCCUGCCCUCCGCUCGGUGCCCUGGGGCUGCCCUCUGUAGCAACGGACGCUCGCAUCUGCCGUCGCCGACACACAUCCCAGAUCCAAGGGCCCGAUUCUGCGCGAAGGCGCCCGUUGUGAAAAAAUUGCAAGGCCCGGAUGUGAGAGGAGACCGGCGGGCCGCUUCACGGGGCCCUGGGGCUACCCUGGGGCUACCCUGGGGCUGCCCCAGGGCCCUCCGCUCGCCGCCCUGGGACCGCGUGCCCUCUGCGAAAGCAGAGGCCAGCGAGCCAGAGAGGCGCGGCUCGGGCUGCGAGCGACGACUCGCGGCGGCAGGUGGCCGGGGCGCCGCUCGUCAGGGGCCUGUCCACUUC